CAGCUCGCUGACAGAGAGGAACGCAAGCUGAGGAGCUCGUCUUCAUCGUGCCAUCGUUAGCCUAAAGAGAUCUGAAGAGCGAGGGGGCAGAGAGAGGACGAGUUCCACCCGAACAGCACCGCAGAACUGCACAGGACCGACCUGGGACAGACAGAAACUAUUCCAGAGCUGAUCCGGUCAUCCCAUACAGAAAACUUUACACGUUCCAGCUGUAGGAGCAGGUUCGAAGCGGACGCCUCUGUGCAGAAUGUCUAAACAGCCGUCCACAAACGUAAAAGCUUUACAGGCCAACCUCAAUAUUCCGAUGGGAGCUUUGCGCCCGGGUGGGGGACCUCCUGUGAUAAAGAAAGAGGAGACACAGGACAAGGAGGAGGUACCAGCCGAACCGGCCGUCCCUCAGGAAGAUAAGAAGCAUCUUCCCGGUGCUGUGAGACUUCCAGGACCCGCGGUUAACCUUUCCGAGAUCCAGAACGUCAAAAGCGAGCUCAGAUGGGUCACAAAAGACUAGACACACUCAGGUGACCCCGCCUUGCUCGUGUUAAAGAAGGAGACAGACAGCUCUACCAGCUCUACCUACUCCAUUACUGAUCCUCUACUACAAUCUCCAAAAUCAAAAUGCCAUCCUUCGAUGGCAAGCAAUGACUCCAUCCCUGCAACCCACAUAGCAAUCGUUUUCAGGUUCAAGAGCCGAUUAGAGCCACGAAAAAAAAAAAUACCAGACUGCAGUUAUCCCAAUUGCACCCAAAUUCACAGAACCAAUUUCAGAUCAAAUCCCAUCCAUCUCUAAAGGCGAGGUGCUGCACACAAAUUUUGGUUCAAGAUCAGCUCGGGCUAUUUUGGUAGAUUAGCACCACAGCCACGGUACUCUCAAAUCUUCGCCAGUAGUCAUCUGUAAUAACAAUGUCGGCUUUGAUAUCAAUUCUUAGCCUGGUCUCGUCCAAGAUCCUGUAACGAAUGUGGCGGGAAAAUGUCUCUGACAGGUUCUACAAAUUAUAGACGCAUCUUAGCCAUUAGUCAUUUAUCUGUUUCCAGCUUCUGUAUCAAAUCUCAGCCCUGAUACUUUGAUACUGAGAAGUCCAUGGCCCGAACAUGAUCCGGAUUCAUAUAUAGUGACCAUAUUAAUACCAAAUCUCAGCCUGAGCUUACUUUUGUAGGUGGUGCAUGUAUACACUAGAAACAAAUUGAUCCUGAAUCUCUUCCAUCUCUAUGCUCAGAUAUUCCAAAUAAUAUACGAGAUGCAGGAAGAUUCACCCCAUUAUUGGACUUUAGACAAACCUUAACCUAUUUUAUAUCUGCUACCAAAUCUUAUGCUUGCCUCAGAACUCAUAAACAGUAACGCCCAUAUAGAUGAGGACCACGUAGUCCUGUCUCUCAGCUCAGAUCCUGCAAACAAUAUAGGCCAAGAAUAUUUCCAGACUGCUUCAGGUCUCCAUCUUAGAUGAGUGCUAAUAUUACUGUAGGUCUUAAAGAAUGCUAGCCCUGCUCAAGAAGGUCCAGAAUAGCUUACCAGGAUCAAUCAAAUGUCCAACAUUUUUGACCUUUGAUAUGCUGUAAAGAUUGUGACCCAAGAAUAAUCCCAAACCCUGAAAGAAUGUCGAGCUUCAGCCUAUCAGUCCCAAAAAGAACCAAGUCUCAGAGAGCACUCAUCACUCUUACUCAUUUACUGUACACUCAUCCCAUCACCCAGAUAACACAAAGAAGAAUGGCUUGUUAUGACUCCGUAUCGACUAACAGAUGAUGCCACAGAGACAAAUCCAUAAAACCAUAAAGCCAGGCCCAAGCACCUCACAAGCGUUUUGGACAGAACCCCAGUCAGCUCAUCAGAGACGCUGCACCGUCAUUGCCACCACGCACCCCCUGACCUGAUGACGCUUCUUGACCACUUCAUUUCGCUAUGUAGGUAUUAAGGCAGACAAUUUGAACCUGACAGAAACCAUAAACUGCACAUUUUACACAGAAUCGUGACACUGUUAGACGUCUGUUCUCUUAUAUGUCUCCUGUUUAAACUCUUCAGCGUGUGUGUUUUAUCCGCGGUCUGAUUUCAUAACAGAUCCGCAAGCUCCUUUGCUGCCAUGUGUGAAGUCGCAUAUUUAAUUCCUUUUAUAGCGCCUGAAUAAUAAUGUAGCGUGAUGAUUAGUCUGUGUUGUUCGUGUUAAUAGUGGCAAAUGUCGUCUCACUUCAUUUAUUCUGAACAAAUACGAGAUGUUGAGAACAUGUUUUCAUACUCCAUGGCCCUUUCUUUUCAACCACUAUAUAUAUAUAUAAUUUUUCUUUGCCUUGCCUUGCCAUUGUUCUCCGGCUUAGGUUUGAGAGCGUGUAGGCUGACAUGCAAUAAAAACACGAUGUCUCAGUGUCACACUGUAGGAGGGUGAAGCAAUCACAUGUUGUCUUUGAGCAAACAGAACCGAAUUCCCAGCACAUCCUCACCGUUUUAUGAGCUCUUAAAUGUGAUAUUUGCGAAGCAUUUUGUCUCUCUGUGUUUCUCCAGUUGAACAGCAGCACAUCAGCGCAAGUGUCCUUAUUGAAGAUUCUGAGUUCUGACCAGAGUUAGAAGGGCUACAAGAAAAAUAAUGACAUCAUGUGUGACUUGUAAUAAAAACGUGGGGCAAUAAAAAUAAAAUCUUAUGCCACAUUUAAGUAACUAUU